UGAUCUUAAGUGGCUGUGCAGACCUCAGCCUGGUUUGUUGUCAGUCUUGGCUUGGCACUAUCUGCAUCUUGCACAAAGACGAUCUGGUGUCAACAUAUCCUGCUUCCCAUACAAUGUCCCUAUGUGAGUUCUGACACAGAAUGGGAGAGACCACUAGAUCUUGGGCACCACGCCCAUCAACUGGUGACAAGAGAGCAGCUAUUGACGAUAUAGAUCCGGAUUCAACAACUUCCAAGAAACGCCGCUCUCAGCCUGAUCAAUAUCGUGAUGUGGCGGAGACACUGUUUGACUUGAAUCAUUUGAACUGGGAUUCUUGGAACGAGAUAUCAGACAGUGCCGGAGAGGGAUCGCAGGUCCAUACAGCGGCAUUGCUGCAUUUAGACACAUCUACCUGGACUCUACCAAACACUCCAGCGAUUUUCGACGAUAUUGAUCCAGGUUUCCUCGAGCAAGAAGACCCUUCCACAUCAGAAGCACUGAGUAUCUGUCCCAGUCUUGAUGCUACCCCGGGAAGUUGUCUCAAAACUACCUUUCCGGUGACGGGUGAAGCAUUGCUUGAAUCUACGCAGUUGGAGGAGUCAAUCCCAAAGCCUUACAGCACCUGUUUAGGCAACGAUGACAAUCAUUCAAGUCAGCCAAUACCUCUCUUAUUGCAGUGGCGAUUCUCACGUCAAGUUCAGGCUCGCCCGGAUCGUCGGUGGAUCUUGAGAAGCCAAGAUACGACGUUUGCUUUGGAGUUAUUGUGGAGGAUAUUAUAUCUUCAUUCGUCCCUGAACAGAAAAACUGUACAAUGCCUGUGCACUUGAAGCAGUAUGGGAACAUUUUCAAGCUCUAUCUCGAAGACUCGAACAAGUAUGUCGGUCUCCUCGAGCUGCCGUGCCUUCGAGAUUUCCUCCAAGAGCUUGCUAUUGAAAUACGACCAAAUCUGGAAGUACAUUCUGUUGGAGCAGGCACCAACAAAACAGUCAAAUCACGCAAAGCUAAGAGCUAUGUCGUCAACCGCCAAUACUCUGUGCGCAUCACUGUCUACGGAUACAGGUCUGAGAAGGACGAAAUCGGUCACUUUCUCUCGGUUGGCCGCACGUACCUUCAACACCCUCGGAUUGGUGAAUGUGAGCCAGGUACAGAAUACUGUAACCCUCACUAUCUUGUUCGUCCUGGAGCCCGGUUGCCACCACUGGAGGAAUUGACGAUAUCCCCUGAGAGCCCUGUCAGCAAAGGCCCCGAAAUGCUGAACGAGACCGACAAAAGCAAGAUCAUGAGGGUAUUCGACACCGCUGCUGAUUUCUCGGUCCCUGAAGAGCUUGUUCCCAGUCCUCGGCUACGGACCACCUUGAAAAACCACCAACUUGUCGCGCUCUCUACGAUGGUCUGGAAAGAGUCUGGUAUCGUCAAGAAUGCGCCAAUACCAUCGAUUUGGGAGUUAGUCGCGAAACCCGACAAGCCAGCACUAUAUCGUCACAUAAUUACCGGGCAGAGCCAAGAUUCUCCAGCUGCUGUGCUAGGUGGCUGUCUGGCCGAUGAAAUGGGCCUAGGGAAAACCCUGAGCGUUCUAGCUUUGAUCUGCUCAUCCCUUGAUAAGCACAAUGAUAGAAAGGUCCAAAUGCAAAGAGUACCUCGGGCGACGCUGAUUGUAACACCGAAAUCCACAAUUCCUGGUUGGCUUCAACAGAUCGAUAUGCAUGUUCACCCGGGUCAACUGCGCUUUGCAGUAUUUCAUGGGUCAGGUCGCCAGCGUUUGUCUUCCAUGCUCGAAGAACUGGACGUAAUCUUGACGACUUAUGAAACACUGCGGUCUGACUGGAGUGUACAAGGACCACUCUAUUCAACAAAAUGGACCAGGGUUGUUCUGGACGAAGCACAUCAUAUUCGAAAUCGCUCUUCGCUGAUAUAUAAAGCCGCUUGCGCCAUCCACGCCGAGCGGCGAUGGUGCUUAACCGGAACACCCAUCCAAAAUUCUCUGGACGAUUUUGGGGCCCUUCUGAGCUUUAUUCGGGUGCCACCUUUCGGGGACAAAUCCAAAUUUGAUUUCUGGAUAACAAAACCUCUCAGCGACAGAAAAGGCAAUCUGAAAAGGCUUCAAGAUCUCAUCCGAGCUACGUGUAUUCGACGGACGAAGAAAAUGCUCGGAGAGUCUUGUGAGCUUCCCCAACGCAUUGAAAGAAUCUCUGAAGUUCAACUACAUCAACAUGACCAGCAGUUGUACAACUUCUUCAAGGACAGAUGUGCGAAGAUUGCCAAGGGUGGAACGAGGAUGGAGUCCGAGUCGCCCAAAGAGAAGUUGUGCAAGGAGGAUAAUGUGCUCUCUUUGAUCAACUUCCUUCGCCUGAUCUGCGACCAUGGAGCAGCACUCCUACCUCGAUCUGCCUUGCAGGCCUGGGAGGCGGGAGACAAUCGAUCGGUCGACUGGAGCAUGCUUCGGAGUACGAGGAAGAUGUGUUAUAUCUGCAAUUCAGACAUUGAAGUGGUUGAUGGCGGUACAUUUGACUUCUUCGAAGCCACUUGUGGGCACUCGAUGUGUGCAAAUUGUGCUUUGGAAAAUGAGGAUGGCGAAGACAGCAUCAGUAGUAGGUGUCCGAAAUGCGCGUUGACGUCCAGUCACGGUGAUCAUCUCAGCUACUCUGUCCCGACUCAAGCAUCCGUACGGCCCUCGGCGAAGGUGGAAGCCCUCCUGAAGAAUUUGCGUGCGGAACAGAACUAUGAGGUGCUUGAGAUGUCCUCCCGGCCCACCAAAAGCGUUGUAUUCAGUUUCUGGACAAAAAUGCUGGAUAUGAUCCAGCAAGCCCUUCGCGAUGCGGGGUUCGGCUUCACAAGGAUUGAUGGAAAGUCAAGUCUCGAAGACAGGAGCAGAUCCAUCAGUCGAUUCAACAAAGACCCAACCUGCACGGUACUCCUCGCGAGUAUUGGUGCUGUUGCGGAAGGGGUUGAUCUCACUGCUGCGAGUUAUGUGCAUCUGGUUGAACCGCAUUGGAAUCCCAUGGUUGAAGCUCAGGCCGUGGAUCGAGUGCACAGAAUAGGACAGGACCGAAAUGUCGUGAUAACCAGAUAUAUCGUCCCGAAAUCUGUUGAGACGUAUAUUCAAUGGGUCCAGAAAGAGAAACUGAAAAUCAUUGACCAGUCAAUUGACUUCGAGAAUCAGUCUCAAAUUGCCAUAGAAGCCCAUCGCUGGGAGGAACUCAUAUCCUCCUUUUCUGCUUGAUUAGGAAGUCCACAGCGAAGCUCAACAUCACUUGGAAAUAUCUAUAUCUCGUUGCUCCUGUCACAGCUUUUCGACCUUGGGUUUUCUGACCCAGAAAUAUAUCUCUUGGCUCGUAUUGCAGUGACCUUCCGCAGGUGAAGGCCGCAGAGCACUAUUCAAGAAUCAAGAUCCAGCUCUGCCACAGCUUUCCCAGCUUUCCCAGCUUUCCCAGCUUUCC